AUGAAGGUGAUGGGCUGUUGGACAAUAGCUAAAAAGACAGCGUUCUGCUUUGUGUGCUUCAGCGAUACCGACAGAGCAGCCCUUUGUAGAAACCGAACCAACUGUGGUCACGACAAUUGCAGCGUUCGGCAUCAAUCCUUAUUACACCACGAUGGAGGAGUCGAGCAACGAACGAAUAGCGGCCGGGUCGAUGGAACCGACGAACACGCUGCGGGGGGUACACCGAAAUCCAUCAACACUAUCGGACGGGAGUCAAGUGGGCCGGUCCGCUUGGGAAUAACACCAAUACAAGUGGAGACUCCACCUGGUUUGGUUCAAACCGUGGCUUUUCUAGACAAUGGAUCGGAUACCACCCUCGUGAGAGAGAGUUUUACGCGAGAACACGACCUGGAAGGACAAACCACCUCAUUGGUAAUCAGCACGGUAAAUGGGGCACGAGCAGUUCGAGCUUCUCAACUGAGUUUGAAGUUAGCUCCCACAUCGAGGGAAGAUACGAUAGAGGUGCGCCAGGCAUUUACUAUCGCCGACCUACCAAUGAGAGCUUUCGACAAUAUCCGGUCGUUAGCGCGGCGCUGGCCUCACCUUCGCGAUUUACCGUUCGAGGAUUUUCCGGACACACGAGUGGACAUAUUGAGCAGCUGUGAUGUACCCGAGGGGAAUUGGGUUCUGGACCAAAGGAUAAGUCAUAGUGAUCCGUACGCUAUGCGCACGAUGUUUAGUUGGAUACUCUGCGGACCGCUCGGUAAUGAUGGUGAUUACUCAGUCCCGAUCAACUACAUCUCGCGGCCAGAUAAUCCCAUGGGAGACGACCUGGAGUGGAUUUACACUCACGAGUUCAGGGACAUCGCAGACGACCGGGUAUCUAUAUCGAGGGAAGACCGAGCAGCCCUGGCUAUUGUCACCGAAACGACAGGACACAGUGGAACCCAGUUUGAAGUGUCGUUACCCUAG